AUGGACGACAGAAACAUGCUCUCGUCUUUCGAGGAGUUCUCAUAUGCUGCACCGGUAUUCCAGUACCUGUUCGCACCUCCCGAAGACCCCCACCGUCCCUCGCUGCCUGCCGAGGUGCGCCAGCUGAUUCUCAGCAUGGUGCUCGCGGCCAAGGUUCGCGGGGAUUUAGGAAUUCGAUCAAGCAAGGUCGUACUUCUAACAAGCAAAGGUUGCGCCGAGUACCAAGAGAAUCCUAGACCGGUCAACUUCAAAAAGGACCAGUUAAACAUCAUGUUGGUGAGCAAAGCCAUUAGCGCCGAAGCGAAGAAGACGCUACUGGAUGGUUUGGUGAUCAAAUUCACCAAGCACGAGGACUUCGUUGUCUUCAUGACCCAAAAGGUCAAAAUGUUCGGACUGCCAUGCCCCAUCAGAUUUGCGCAGUUCUCGCAGCAUAUUCGCAACUUCGAGUUCGCGUUCGUUAUCCCCGGAUGGUAUGAAGGUGCACACGGUUGCCUGAAAGCUCUGAUGCUCCUGAUCGAGCUGGGAAUCAAGCGUAACAUCCAGAUCACUGUCAGAGGAGGAGACGGUGGUUGGAGCAGUGGAAUCUGGAGGGACAACCUUGCGCGCCUCCACGAGGCCAUCGAAGAGGUCAAUUUCUAUCAAAACAUGUUCCCAGAUCUCCCCCUUUGGGAUGAGUUCGAAUCGACUAACUUCACCAACUCUUUCGCUGGCCAAAUUUUCGCCAUUCCUCAGUUCGACGUCUCUGUUAUCUGCGACCGCCAGCUUGAGUACGACCUAAACGAAAAGAUGCACAUUUGGACUCUGUUCAACGAACCUGAUCCCUACGCCCUCCAGAGUGAGGUCUGA